CCAAUUAUUUUAAUGUCAUAACCAGUUAAUGUCGAAUUUGCAUGACCUUUGAUGCUGGGAAACAAAAACAAAUAAAAAAAGUGAAUGUGCCUCUCUAGCCUAAUAAAGUAAUAAUUGACGAAAACAAAGAAAAAACGGAAAAAUGGAGAUGCGGGGUAUCGAUCCCCGUACCUCUCGCAUGCUAAGCGAGCGCUCUACCAUCUGAGCUACAUCCCCGUAUGAAAGGCCGACGAUUAUCAUCUUAUAAAACGUUUCCAAAAAAAAAAAAGGGGAAGAUUUCAGUCGUAAGAGUAGAAUGUUCAAUCGUAAGAUUUCAAUCCAGAUUUUGACGCUCAAAAGAGCCUGCGUGGACGUUGAUAUAUUCGGAUAAGAAACAACAGAAAACAAGAGCGAGCUGAGCUCCAACUUUCAACUGAAUAACAAUGGCAAUGACCAAUCUUCAAGUGAGUGAUUGCUCCAAACUAAAACCUUCCUUAACAUCUUUCUUCGCUCCUCGCCUUCUCCAUCGCCCCCAAACGCAAACCCAGCCGCGUUUCAUCUCCCAAGCUUCUCUCCAACAACCCCACCAUUCUACUUCUUCUUCUUCUUCAUCGCCGCCGACACUUGUCAACCGAAGACAACUUAUAUCCCAAAUGGCCUCGCUUUCGCUCUCCGUUGCAACUCUCUCGGCUUUGCAACUACCGGCCAAGUCCGAGGAAGUUUUGUCCGAAUGGGAGAGAGUUUACCUGCCCGUCGAUCCCGGUGUCGUCCUUCUAGACAUCGCCUUUGUCCCAGAUGACUUAAACCACGGAUUUUUGCUGGGAACAAGGCAGACUAUUAUGGAGACAAAAGAUGGGGGAAAUACAUGGAUUCCACGUUCAAUCCCAUCAGCUGAGGAUGAAGAUUUCAACUAUAGGUUUAACUCUAUUAGCUUCAAAGGCAACGAAGGUUGGAUUGUUGGGAAACCUUCAAUUUUGUUGUACACUUCAGAUGCUGGAGAAAGCUGGGAAAGAAUUCCAAUAAGUGCUCAACUUCCUGGAGAUAUGGUAUAUAUAAAGGCAACUGGUGAAAAGAGCGCGGAAAUGGUAACUGACCAAGGUGCAAUAUAUGUUACAUCAAAUAGGGGCUAUAACUGGAGAGCUGCUGUUCAGGAAACAGUCUCAGCUACUCUGAAUAGAACAGUUUCUAGUGGUAUUAGUGGGGCAAGUUACUAUACUGGAACUUUUAACACUGUGAACCGCUCUCCAGAUGGACGAUAUGUAGCUGUCUCAAGCCGUGGUAACUUUUAUCUUACAUGGGAGCCUGGACAGCCAUUCUGGCAACCACAUAACAGAGCAGUUGCAAGAAGAAUACAGAACAUGGGGUGGAGGGCUGAUGGUGGUCUUUGGCUUCUUGUCCGUGGAGGAGAACUUUUUCUUAGCAAAGGCACAGGGCUAACAGAAGAUUUUGAAGAAGUUCCUAUACAAAGUCGUGGCUUUGGCAUUCUUGAUGUUGGUUUUCGAUCAAUGGAAGAGGCUUGGGCAGCAGGGGGCAGUGGGGUUUUGUUGAGAACUACCAAUGGAGGAAAGAGUUGGACCCGUGACAAGGCAGCUGAUAAUAUUGCUGCAAAUCUAUACUCAGUGAAGUUUAUUAAUGAGAAGAAGGGAUUUGUGCUGGGUAAUGAUGGCGUCUUGCUCCGGUAUCUUGGAUAAAACUGUAAUUUACACAUGGUAUUCAACAAUGCUUGAAAUUUUGUAUAAGCUUAUUUUCACUGCUUUAUUGGUGGUGAUAUUAAGAGGGACAAAAAGUUCCGUCCAUGUGAUUAUGUUCUUUUCUUUUCUUUUUGGUGAGUGUGAUUAUGUAUUUACCAUUUCCAUUCAACAUCUGCAUAUGUUUGCCAAAAAAAAAAAAAACACAUGUUAUACCUAUCAAGUGAGACCAUGUUUUUCAGCUGGUUAUGACAAAUUACGAUUUGAUGCUGCUCAAGAUUUGAGCUUCCUUCCCUUUACUACUUGAGAAAAAUACUAACUUUUAC